AACCCACUAGUGGUCGGUCCGACUGCGGCGGCCAUGACAACUGUUGUGUUGUAGUUUAUUGUGACAUUUGUAGUUGACGCGCGCUGUGUCGCGCUCUUUCCGUCGAGCAUGGGCGGCGCUCAAGUUGUAUGCUUGAUUGGUCGCGGCCGUGCGCUCUCACUCAAAUGGUCGUGUUUCGGUGGUGCGGCGUCAUGAACUCGCCAUCGACAAGGAGUUGCAUGAGAUCGUCCAGUGGCGGAGGCGCGCCUCGGUAGUUCCCUGUUAAUGCGGACUGGCCAGGGUAGUCGGGUGGAUUCGACGUCGGUACUGCGGCAAACGAGCCGGGACCGUUCGACGGCGAGUGGUGGCUGUUCUGGUGGUGGGGCAUGUACUCGUGCUUGAACUCUGACCGGAACGAAGAUUGGUGGUACGAAGGGGGAUGGUACGGCUGGUGCUGCGGCGGGGCCUGGUGAUGGUGGUGAUAGGGCUGGUGCUGUUGUUGGUGCUGUAGUUGUUGGUGGUGCUGUAGUUGCUGGUGCGGAUGGUGGUUUGGCGAAUACGUCAGCGACGAUUGAAAGCUCCCGUUCGAUGGAAACGACUUGUCCAUUGCGUACCCACCUGGCGGAUGCAGUGGUUCGAGCGCCGGCAGCCUUGUCACUGGAAACGAUUCGUAAUAUGUUUUGACGUGUUGUGUCGGCGGCGGCAUUGGAUCGGACAACGCACUCAGCGCUGGCAGCGACGUCAGCGCCGGGUGGUACUUGCCGCCGGUAAAGAUGGCAGCGGUCGGCGCCUUGUCGUCUCCUGAAGAAUGGUUUUCCAGCCACUCGUCCGACAUGGCUCGCUUCCGAAGGAGACCGCGCUUCCGCCUCGACACCUUCUCCCGGUACUUUUGCGCGUGUGUCUGGGUCUGUCGUGCGGACCGCGUGCCGACAUAGUUGGCGACGACCUGCCACGGACCUUGCGGGUACAUCUUGAUCGCCUGGAGGUAACGCAGGUGCUCGUCGCGGGUCCACUUGCCCACACCAGGCUGUGUCAUGCCAACGGAACGCCAGAAAUGCCCGACACACCCACGAUCGCCAUGGACGCCGCGGUCGCUCGGGUUGUGCCCCCGGCCUGUUCCGGCACACCACGUGGUGCCACUUUAACUUGAUGUUUGUAUACGUUCUGGUUAAUGGAUACUGUGACGAGUGCCCAGUUUCCUCUGCCGCGCACCGCGUUGGAUGUUCUGGUUCGGCGUCAAGACAUCCAACUUCGCGAGGCUGGCUGUCACAAUCCCACUGCCUCCGCCCACUCUGCUAUGCCGGUCCGGGCGCGGCCCGUGGGUCGGCGUGUGUGUUUGACGGCAUCGGUGUCUCCGCGCCGUCCUCGGGCUUCGGACAACCCAUCCACGUCGAUGUUACGUUUCCUCAUCGUCUUGCCCGAGAAUUUCGCCGCACAUGUGCACAUCGACUCGACCGGCGCCGGGCUGCGCUCCCCACGCGCAGGCGACAGCGCUGCCAAGCUACUCGGAUCUCGGGACGCCGAGAUAGCCGGGUUGUGAAAUCCGGGACAAGACGUGUGACAAUCGCGGGCGGAGACGACGACAUGGCGCGGUGGUCGGUCCCUGUACGUAGCACAUGCAUGCAGGCAAGAUGCCAACCCACGAGGAUGCGUCCAGACGGCGGCAGCCGUCGGUCCGAAUGCGUCGCGCGAUUCUUUCGCGGAUCGAGCGGGCGCUGGACCACUGAUGUGUCACCUGAUUACCUCUCGAAAUGAAUAUGAUCGAAACAGCUGGCGGAAGACGCGUUGAAACGGAUCAGAGAUGUACCUGGGUGAGGGAAUAUUAAGUUUGAGAGAAUCCCACAACAUGGGUUCUGAGAAGUGUCA